ACGCAGCUCGGUGCAGUCAAUAUAUUGACACUGUACUUGAAAGUGUAUUCUCAAUUCUCGAUCCGGUUUAAAUAUGAUUGAGUUUUAAAGUACGUUUCAUUAUUACUAAAGCUGUACGAUUACUGAUUCAUCAUCCUUCCGAUGUAUAGUGAAGACAUUUAAAUGGCCAGCCUCUGGAGACAAGCCAGAAAUUUGGAACAGCACAGGCUAGAGCCUUCCUCGGUCAUGUGGGAGGAUGUUGCAGGAUUGAAGGACGCGAAGUCUUUCCUACAGCUGUUUGUCAUAGUUCCGCUUAUAGAGCGUGAACGAACUGCCAACAUUAAAAAAAGAAUUCUGCUCGUUGGGGCAGCGGGUGUAGGUAAGACGUAUCUAGUUCAAGGCCUGGUCAGUGAACUGCAUGCGGUGCCCGGGUGCUAUUUAUACGUGCUGUAUGCGGAAGACCUAUGGCGGAAUCGAGUCACGUGCAUUUUCAGUAGGCUGAGAGACUUGCGAGAAACGAUUCGGGCUUUCAGUCCCUGCGUUGUCGUUAUCGAUGGCGUAGACAUUUUAAAGGUUGAUCCACGCGCAGACGAAACAACAUCAGCUAGGGUCGAUUUAUUGGAAACAUUGGAGCAUCUUAAAGACUAUGACACGAUAUUUAUCGGACUUACGAACAAGCCUUGGGACCUGGACCCCUCAAUCCGCGACCGGUUCUACACGCAGAUUUACCUGCCCAUGCCGGAUGCAGACGCUAGGAACCGGAUUCUUAGAAACCUGGUAGCCGGUGAGGCAUCCGCGAUUGGGGAUAUGGAAUGCCGGUCCCUGUCAGAGAGAUUGGCUGGCUUUAGCGGGGCCGACAUUUCACGUUUGGUCAGACACGUUGACAUGGAACAAAUUCGCGCGCUUCAGAGAGCCUCUCACUUCAAACGGGUCACUGGUCCAUCGUCGACGCAGCCCUUUAUGAUUCAUGACUUUUUGACCCCGUGUGAACCAAAUGACCCUGGCGCCAUGGUGAUGACCUUUGACCAGGCUGCCCACGACAAUGUAUUACUACCUGAAAUGACGGCUGCCGACUUAUGGGCCGACUUAUGGAACAGUGUAGACACUAUCAAACCAAGUGUAACUGAAGACAUGGUUCAGAGGUUCUUACCCUUUCAGCAGGCGCUCGACUUCCGAUAUUCCAGAGUGGACCCUUAUUUUUCCAGCUUUGAGUCACAUUGAUGUUUUAAAUAUAAGGAUAAUGAAGACAGACAUUAAACAAGUUGGAUUCUUUAUUUUCGUUUCAAGAUUGUGUCCAUACAUAGUUGUACAAUGUCAAAGUAAAUAUACUAGCUAAUAAACAUUUACUUAUUAA